AUGGUUAGGUUCGUCGAGUCGGACUCGACAGGCCUACCCCUUAAGAGAAAACAGGUCGCCCAGGCCUGUGCUAGGUGCCGACGCCGGAAGAAGAGAUGUUUUCAUAGUCACGAUAGCGAUAUCUCUAAAGAUGGAUCGCCCAAUUUAACACCCGGGGGAGGGGAUACUACGGCCCGUAAUCCAACUGGCCACCCUACUCCUCCACGAUGCGAGCCUCUCCGUAGCCCUAACGACGCCCAGAGUCCAGAGCGACAUGCUUCUAGAUUUGUUGGCGACCUGAGCCCCGAAGCAAUCCUCAUGGAAGCUACGAGUCUUUGCUCAACUCGCGAUGUAUCAGUGAGGGGUGGCUUGGGGAUAUGGCAACCCCGAGCGCUCGACUUAGAUAAAGUGGCCGGUCCCCUUUCCUUGACAUCGCCAUCGCGACAUGCCGUCCAGGACAUGCUUAGAGUAUACGUAAAGAGCCAUUGUCUUCCUUGCUGUCCUCCGCCUUCAGACUACGUGGUUCUCCGCCGUAUCUACUUUGACAAGCUAGAUACUAUCUUCCCUAUCCUCGGUCACUCGAUAAUUCAGUCCGAUGACGAGGUAAAAGAGAAAGUGUUAAAGCAAAUAGUUAGUCUUGCGGCUGCUUCCGAUCCCGAAGCUUCGCGUCACCUUCGUUUGAACCCCGAGAGUCCAGUCCUUUCUCGGCAUGACUUCUGCACUCUACUAUCGGAUGCAAUCCAAACGACUAUCGACGCCGGCCUCAUCACGGACCGUAUCUUCCUAACUCGUAUAUUAGCCGCCUUGUCGUUAUAUAUGCAGCCUCGCAGUUCUGAUGAAGCUGACAUCCCAGCAUUGCUUAACGGUCGUGCGGUUCAUCAAAUGCAUACUCUAGGAUUACAGAUGGCCUCGGAAGAAAGCCAUUCGAAUAUCCAGGCUACUCGGUCCUUGUUAUGUUGUCUUUGGGCCUUGGACCGCCUUAAUGGCGCAUUUUACGGGCGAGCUUGUCUCAUUCACGAACGAGAUAUCGGUUGGAACUUGGACGAUUGUAUUGCAAUGCAAGCACCACUCUUUCGACUAUUCCUAAUGAUUAUCGGCCUCCUUGACAAGGUUAUCGGGUUGUAUCGCCCUGGAAGCCGGAAAGAAAAGGAAUUCAUUAUUGAGCUACCCAUCUUUGAGCAAAUGAUCAUUGAUGCCGGAGCGGUUCGGGCUUCAAGCUCAUGUCUAGCCUCGCUUGAAAUAUUCUAUCAUUCAGUUGCCAUACUUUCAAGCCAGUCACCAUCUGAAAAUCGAUCCACAGCCCUCCCAGCGCCCGCAACAAACAGCCGUCGAUCUUUGGCGGCCGACCGAAUCACUUCCAUCGUCGGACGUGAAUUUCUAGGGCAGCUAUCAUACUUGCCUAUAAUUCCGUACGGCGUCUCCUUGUCGCUUAGUGUGUCGUAUCGGAAAAUGCGUCAUAGCAAUAUCCCCAUGUUUAGAAGUAGGGGCAAGCAAUCUUUUAUGGUAAACACGACGCUACUAAAAUCAAUGGACGACACCUUCUGGACCGCGAAGACUACGGUGGCAAUGGCUGAACAGGUUCUCCAGGAAAUGGACAGGGCGGUUGCAUCGAUAACACAGGAAACUGGUUUAGUAGAUGCUUCAAAGAAGGGCGAGUCGGCGCCACGAGACCGAGAAAUGCCUCCUCCAAGCGCGGACGAUACUAUUAACAAUUACAAUACUCACGGUGCUGACUUUUCGAUUCUUGAAGAAGUUUCGGAUCUUGAUGUUUUCGGUCAUUUUGACCCAACCUUCGACUUGGGCGCGGUAGAUGCCGCCCUUGAAGGAAAUCUCGAUUUCGGAGCCUCUUCCAACUGGUUUGACUGGCAGCAACUAUGGGGUUAA